AUGGUGAACAUGAUGGAAUGGCAGAAACAAGUUCAGAACGGGAAUGUCGACGCGAUGUACGUCAAAGUCAUGACUGAUGAACAAUUGGAAACUCUUCGGAAACAGAUUGCUGUUUAUGCUACCAUCUGUGAACAGCUUGUUGAGAUGCAUAAAACUCUCUCUGCUCAACAAGAUCUUGCAGGGGUUAGGCUGGGAAAUAUAUACUGUGAUCCAUUGAUGGCAUCUGGUCACAAAAUCACAUCAAGACAGAGGUGGACUCCUACACAGGAUCAGCUCCAGAUUCUCGAACGCAUAUUCGAUCAGGGAAAUGGAACUCCGAGCAAAGAAAAAAUCAAGGAGAUUGCUACUGAACUAAGCCAGCAUGGUCAGAUAUCUGAAACAAAUGUUUAUAAUUGGUUCCAAAAUAGGCGUGCUAGAUCGAAAAGAAAGAUGCAAAACGGGGGAACUAGUAACACUGAAUCAGAGGUAGAGACAGAGGUUGAUUCCAAAGAUAAGAAGACAAAACCAGAGGAAUUUCAGUCUCAUCAAAAUGUUGCUGCAGGGGAUGAAAAUUUGUGCUUCCAGAACCCUGAAAAAGGAUCUGAAUUGCAGUACUUGAAUCCAGAUUCUAACAAAACGUAUUCAAUGUUUCAAUCGGAUGGUCACAUAAGAUCUUCAAGAAAUUUGAGUGGUGCCGGUGUGUCUCUUUAUGAUGAAGUGCUAUCAAACUCAAGGAAUGAUUAUCUAGCUGGAAAAAUGGAAGUAUCUGGGGGCUACAAUUUAUACCAGCAAACAGAUGACUAUAAUUUGGCAGGUUGA